CAUUUAAGAAUACAUCACUCGUCUAUACCUCCACCACAAACUAGUAUUUUCUAAUUAUGAAGCUAGCCGCUUUGCUCACUCUUGUGCUACCCUUUGCAGCCGCAUUUCCUACUGCCAUGAUGGCGAAAAGACAAGAAAAUGUGUCGGAAACUGUAGCUUCUGGUAUCGAGGAACACGGCCCACUCCCCGAGGGAACCAAGACAUUCGAAGGAGGAACUGCUCUUGACAUCGACGAGUAUCCAGAAUCUGUUGAAGCUGCCCUGAACGGUACCCGUGCCGAGGUUUUGAGCCUUGCCGUACGCGAUCCAACUUCCGCAGAAAUGGAUGACCUUGAAUUCCAUACGGCUCUUGCAGCUAAUGUCUACUGCAGCGCAGUUAUGCGUGGUACCUGGAUCUGCCCUCACUGCUCUAAGACGCGUCAUUUAGACAUUGUCGAAACGUUCAGCACGCUACUCUAUGACACGAACGCUUUGGUUGCCCGCGACGACAGUGAGCAGGUGAUCUACGUUGUUUUCCGAGGUUCCUCAUCGAUCCAAAAUUGGAUGGCAAACUUGAAUGUUAUCCUUGCCAACUACCCUGGUGCUCUUGGUGCUCGAGUCCAUGCUGGAUUCUAUAAUAGUUAUCAAGACGUGCAAUCGCGUUUGAUGUCGCUAGUUCGAAGCCAAGUCAGCAGCCACUCUGGUUAUGCUGUUCAUGUCACAGGUCAUUCCCUUGGUGGUGCCUUAGCCCUUUUCCAUGCUCUCGAUUUGUACGAAAACGGCAUUACCAAUGUCAGAUUAAUUACUCAGGGACAACCUCGCGUGGGCAACACUGCGUUCGCAAACUAUGUUGUUAAUACUGGUAUCCCUUACAUGCGUGCUGUGAACCAGCGUGAUGUGGUGCCCCAUAUUCCGGAUCUCGGCUAUACUCACAGCGGAGAGGAAUUCUGGGAAAGCACCGGUCUUUUUGGUGGCGUUCAGGUCUGCCCUAAUGGUAUUGAAACGGAUGACUGCGCAAACUCCAUUGCUCCAUUCACAAGUUUCCUUGAUCACACAAGUUACUUUGGUAUGACCGUCGGUCUUUGUCUCCUUUAA